GACCCGCAUGGUUCCUUACCGGCCGCGCCUUCUCCCACGGAGCUUCCUGUGCCAAGUGACUGGAUGACCAGUUUAUGAAAGGAAGGAAUGGGGAUGAUGACAUUCAAGGAUGUGGCUGUGAACUUCACCCUAGAGGAGUGGAGCCUCUUGGACCAUUCUCAGAAAGAGCUGUUUAAGGAGGUCACGCUGGAGAAUGUUUGGAACUUUCUAUCCCUGGGGCUUCCAGUUGCCAGAGAAGAUCUGAUCUGCUGUUUUCAGAAAGGGGAAGCACCAUGGAUUCUGAGGGGAGAAAGCCUAAGGAACUUUUGUCCAGAAGCAGGGACCACAUUUGAGAUGGAUGAGAUGCCUGCAAACCAGAGCAUUUCUGUGGAAGAAUCUGAGCAGCUAAAAUUCAUGGAUGAUAGUACUUGUGAUUUCAUUGUGAGAGAAAUCUGUGACUCUGAUGGCAAGGUAGAUAAAAAUCCAAAGAAUCCUCAUGAAUUUGAUAAAGUUGGAAAGAAUUUCACACAAUAUUUAGUUCUAAAUCUCCAUGACAAAAUGAUGUUAAAUGACUGUUUUCAGUCCAGCAAAUAUAGAGAAUGCUUUACUGAACAGGUAGAGCUUAUUCAGUUUCAUGGGAAACCUCCUGAAAUGCAAAAAUAUCAGGGUAAUCUGAUGAAAAUGUUUUUCAGCUUGAGGUCAAACCUCACAGAACAUCAGAGAAGUUAUACUGGCAAAGAACUUUAUGUUGGCAACGGAGGAGGAAAGAUCUUCAGCCACAAUAGUAAGAUCAUUAGCCAUCAGGAAAUUCACACUGGAAAGAAACCUCAUGAAUAUCAAUCAGCUGCAACAACCUUAACCCAUCCAUCAACUCUUCCUUACCAUCAUAGCUUUCAUGCUGGAAUGAAAACAAAUGCAUGUAAUCAGUAUGGGAAGUUCCGUCAUUGGAACUCAGAUCAUGUUAGACAUAAGAAUAGUCACACUAGAGAGAAACCUUAUGAAUGUAAUCAAUGUGGCAAGGCUUUCCAAUGUAAUUCCAGUCUUGCUGUGCAUCUGAGAAUUCACACUGGGGAGAAACCUUAUAAAUGUAACCAAUGUGAAAAAGCUUUCAGAUGCCCCUCCAGUUAUGCUAAACAUCAUAGAAUCCACACUGGAGAGAAACCUUAUGAAUGUAAUCAGUGUGGAAAGAGUUUCACACAGAGGUCCAGCCUUGCUAAACAUCAGAGAAUUCACACUGGAGAAAAACCUUACAAAUGCAACCAGUGUGGUAAGGCUUUCACUCAGAGCUCCAGCCUUGCUAAACAUCAGAGAAUCCACACUGGAGAGAAACCUUAUAAAUGUAAUCAGUGUGGAAAGGCUUUCAGAUGCUGCUUCAGUCUUGCUACACAUCAGAGAAUUCACACUGGGGAGAAACCUUAUGAAUGUAAUCAAUGUGGGAAGGCUUUCCGAUCCUGCUCCCAUCUUGCUGCCCAUCAUCGAAUCCACACUGGAGAAAAAACUUAUGAAUGUAAUCAAUGUGGAAAGGCUUUCACAAAGAGCUCCACUCUUGCUACACAUAAGAGAACCCACACAGGAGAAACACCUUAUCAGUGUAAUCAAUGUGGAAAGACUUUCAGACAUAGUUCCAGUCUUGCUGAACAUCAGAGAAUUCACACUGGAGAAAAACCUUAUGAAUGUAAUCAGUGUGGAAAGGCUUUCACUCAGAGUUCCAGUCUUGCUGUACAUCAGAGAAUUCACACUGGAGAAAAACCUUAUGAAUGUAAUCAGUGUGGAAAGGCUUUCACUCAGAGUUCCAGUCUUACUGUACAUCAGAGAAUCCAUGCAGGAGAAAAGGCUUAUUAAAGUAAUCAAUGUGGAAAACCUUUCCUUUAGAACUUCAGUCUUCCUGUUCAUCACUUAGAGACUCUACAGUGGAGAGAAAACUUAUAAACAUAAUUAAUAUAAAAAAGGUUUAUGAUUUAUUUCCAAUUUUGCAAAACAACAGCGUUCACACUGGAGAGAAACCUGAAUGCAUGCACUGUGGAAAGUCUUUCAGCCAGCUCCAUGACUGGUGAAUAUCUGAAUCUUUCUGAAUGUCAUGCAUAUAGCAGAUUUUUAAAUUGUUCUCUAAGUUUAUUGAACAUGAGACAUUCCACAUUGGAGAGAAAAUUUAGGAAUAUAAGUGAUGUCAUAAAUUCUUCAAAUAGUCAUUCUUUAUUUCUCACCAGAUAAGAAAUUUUAUCAGUGUUAUGAGGCAGGAAAGGCAUUAAAAUGGAGCACCAAACACAGUAAAAAAUCAUUCUGAGGAGAAGCUGCAUAUAGAUUCAAUGACAGGCCAUCAUGCUAAACAUUAUAGAAUCCAAUUGGAGAAAAACCUUAUAAAUGUAAUCAAUAUGGAAAGACUUUUCCAGUGCAAUUCCAGUCUUGUUUAACUUCUCAAGGUCACACUGGAAAGAGAGCUUAUUAAAAUGUAAUCCAUGUGGGAAUUAUUUACAUCAGAGGAUUCAUAGUGUCCAAGCCUAAGACUGUUGUUCUUAAGGGGAUGUGCUUUUUUUGAGAAGAGGGGAAUCAGAAGGCAACCUAUUGGAAUGAAGGCUUAGAGAAGCAAUUAUUCCUUCUCGACUUCAUACUUGAAUGUACAUUGGAGAAAUCAUGGUAGAGAUGAUACUUAAGGAUCUCAUUAGCAAGGGAUGGGAUGGAGGGGUAUCUCUUGGCUACAACACAGACUCAUUACACCUCCUAAUCAUAGAACUCAUUAGAUAUCCCAAAUUUCAUCCUGUGCCUAAAGUUCAAUAAAUGUAACAUUUUUUUUCUCUGAAA